AUGAAGAUACGCAAUCUACUGGCUGCUUCAGCUGCACUUUUAACAUGGACUUCCGGUGUGACAGCGCGUCUUGCCGAGACUCCGUUUCGCCUGGUCAACUCUACAUCCCAUCCAACCUUUCCCGACUCUGGCUCGUCGCCGCAUUUUAAUAUCACUGCCGAUAUCGAAGGGAGCAAUACUUCAUUGGCCUUUGUGCUAGAAACAAAUCGAGAAUUUACCGCGAAAGAUGCCUACGUUCAGUAUAUAAAUGUACAUGGAAACAUCCGGGAUGUUGAACCAUGGACACAGUCGACGUAUCAUGUUACGAAAGGGUCCGUAUGGAUGCGGUCUGCGGGCAGACCGUGGGCGACAGUCGGUUGGGCAAGGCUCAUCGUGUUGGAAGAUACGGCCAAGCCAUUGUUCGAGGGGACGUUCGCUAUCUCAUCGAAACAAUACAAGAUCCAACUUGAGCAGGACCAGCAGACAGGCCACAUGCUGGUCCAUCAAGCUUCGGCGCCCUCCGUAUCAGGCCACGACGACUCCUCACUCCAGCAAUCGUGCAUCUCCCCGUCGAUAGCUUCCUUGGACCGUCGACAGAUUGGGUGGGAUGAUGACUCGGAGGACAUGAGCCUGGCAGACACGAUCGGAAGCACGUCCGGCUGUCCUACAUCUCGACAAAUCGCGUAUAUUGGGGUGGUGACGGACUGUACUUACUCGGCAGAGUUCAAUUCCACCAAUGCGGUGCGGCGGAACAUCAUCAACGUGGUCAACACCGCGUCGGUGGUGUUUGAGAACAGCUUCAACGUUUCGCUUGGGCUCCGAAACGUCACGAUCAGCGAUACCGAGUGUCCCGACAGCGUCUCCGGCUCCUCGCAGUGGAACGCGCCUUGCUCCAGCGGCGACUUGAGCUGGCGCCUGGACCGUUUUUCAUCCUGGCGAAGCUCGAUCGAUGAUGACAAUGCAUACUGGUCGCUGCUGACGGGGUGCCCAAACACCGGCGCCGUGGGGAUCUCCUGGGUUGGAGAGUUGUGCAACUCGGGCGCCUCGGGGUACCGCGCUACUACGCCCGGAGCCAAUGUGAUCGCCCGAUCUCAGAGCGAGUGGCAGGUGUUUGCACACGAAUCGGCUCACACGUUCGGCGCCGUUCAUGACUGCGACUCCAGCACCUGUCGGUCGGGCGCGGACGAUGACUCGCAGUGCUGUCCUCUUUCCACAUCCACCUGCGACGCAGAUGGGGAAUACAUCAUGAACCCGUCGUCGAACCGGGGCAUGACCCGAUUCUCCCCAUGCACCAUCGGGAACAUUUGCUCGCGAUUCGGGUCCCGCCGGACGAAUACCCAGUGUCUCGUGAGUGCGCGCGACGCCGACGAGGGCGGCAACGUAACCAGUGUGCCCGAUGGCCAAUGUGGCAAUGGCAUCGUCGAGGCGGGAGAGGCGUGCGAUUGCGGAGGGGAUGCAUGCAACGAGCGCGAUGCCCAGUGCUGCGACAGCAUGACGUGUCAGUGGCGAGGCGGGGAGGAAUGUGCGCAGUCUCGGGCCGGCGACGGCGACGGAGAUGAUGACGGGACCCGAUCGUGGGUGAAGGAGCAUCAGCCGUUGGUGAUCGGGCUGAGCGCCGGAAUUGGGGGCGCACUGGUGCUGUCGGUAAUCGUGGCGAUCAUCGCGUGUCUGUGGCGACGGCGCAAGCCGCGGAAAUUAAGCGAAAGCAGCUGA